ACCAGGUAACCACCCCACGACAAGCAGAAACUUUGCAUCAUUCACAGCUGACCUCUGUCUCCAUUUGUAACUAAAGAAUAGCUCUGGUUGCCUGGCAACAUCACAGCAGAGACGUUUUGGUGAGAAUUCCCAUGUGGUCAUCAGAGCAGAUAUAGGUGGUUGCAAUUCAGCCAUGGGGAAUAGUGCUGUGAAUGUGACAAAUGUGCAAGGCAAGAAUUUAUAUAGGGGCAUUACAAAAUUGAAGAGAAAGAAGAAGUCACCUCUCUUUUGGUGUCAUUCGCCUCUCACUUAUUGCAGUUUUACAGCAGUGCAUCUCUAUUGACAUCAGGGCAAGUUUACACUAGGGUUAGGUCACUACAUCAUAUUUCCAACUUCCCAUCCUAUCUGUGUUUUCAGCAGCAGCAAUGGGGUUACAAAAAAAAGAUGAAACUUAUGGGAAGAAAACAACAGGGAAAUGAAACGUCCCUCACAGAAUUCAUCCUCCUUGGAUUCGGGAAUGUCCCUCAGCUGCAGAUCUUUCUCUUCCUGCUGUUUCUAGUUAUCUACAUUGUGACCAUGACCGGGAACAUCCUCAUUUUUGCACUAGUUGUGGCUGAUCAUCAACUUCACACCCCCAUGUACUUCUUUCUGGGGAACUUAUCCUGCUUAGAGACCUGCUACAGCUCCACCAUCCUGCCCAGGAUGCUGACCAGUCUCCUGACUGGUGACAGAACCAUUUCUGUUCGUGACUGCAUCACACAGUUAUAUUUCUUUGGUUCUUUGUUAACCACUGAGUGUUCUCUGUUAUCUGUGAUGGCCUAUGAUCGGUAUUUGGCAAUAUUGAAACCGCUACAUUAUGCAGUCCUUUUGAAUGACAGGUUCUGCCUCCACCUAGUGGCCUGGUCUUGGAUCAGUGGAUUUAUGUCUGUUGCCAUCAUAAUAUUUAUGAUGUCACAAUUAAGAUUCUGUGGCUCCAAUGAAGUUGACCAUUUCUUUUGUGAUUUUAGCCCCAUAAUAAAACUGUCCUGCAGUGACACCCACAUGCUGGAAGUUACUGCUUUCAUACAUUCCUCCAUAUUCACAUUGCCUCCAUUUCUAUUAACAGUGGCAUCCUAUGUUUGUAUCAUCCCUGCCAUCCUGAGAAUCCCGUCCACCACUGGGAGGAAAAAAGCCUUUUCCACUUGCUCCUCCCACCUCAUUGUGGUGACAAUUUUCUAUGGGACACUAGUCAUUGUGUAUCUGCUAUCAGGCUCUGAGGGAUUGAGGGACCUGCACAAAGUGCUCUCUGUUGUCUAUGGAGCCCUAACCCCACUGGUCAACCCACUCAUAUACAGCCUGAAAAACAAGGAGGUAAAGAAAGCCUUGAGGACAGCUGUCCUUAGAUUUUUUAUCUUUUACAAGAACACAGAUAUUUCAAGAUAACAGACAUAUAUGUAAUGGGGCAAUCACUGGGAUAUGAUCCGGCAAAGUAGCACUCCUAGGGGAGCCCUAACUUAUCUUAGCGUACCUGUUAAACUCCAGACUAGCAGGAUCUGGAUUUCUUAAACUAAGGAGUUUAAGAAGGGCAGAGUCUGGGUGUGGCUGACCUCUGGCUCUAUAACACAUUUUGGAGGGAAAUACCUGAGACUUGCCCUCCCCCGCCAUUGCUCCCACUUUAACAAGUGAAGAAUACAGUGAAUUGGCCCCCACACUUACAGUACUUAUUCUGUGAGUGUGGAUGAAUUUUCCAAGAACUUGCAAGCAAAUCUCUUGGUUGGUUUAUGAGAAUAAAAGAGUGAAAUACCUGCCCUUUCAGAAAUGUAAAAUGUGUUGCUUUUCUUUGCUUUAUCCCGAGUGAUCUUAAAACUGCCAAGAGGAAGACAGCAGCAAUUCUCACCCCUCCUGCAGCUGCAUGACCCAGCCUCAG